CGUUCGUCGGGGUGCGAUCCCGGCAGGAGGCGAAAUUGUGCGCCCAGGAAAAUACAACUGGUAGGUGUGAGUCUGCAGGUCAAUUAAAGAAAUGGAGUGCGCCGGCAGGGGAAGCAGAGGACCGUGCGUCGCUCCGGCCACAAGGCGAUGCGGUGGAUGCGGCGCAGUUGCUUAUUGCUCCGUCUCUCAUCAGCUUUCGCACUGGGAUCACCAUAAGCAAGAAUGCGAGAGGUUGGAGCAGCAAAUGAAGCGCGUCGAAGCCUUGAACGAGUUCCCUUUCACUUUCUCCGAAGAAGCUACUCUGGAGGUGUUUGAAAAGCGGGAGAGUAGGUGUUCGUUCUUGAGCAAAAGAGGGAUCCAUGGAUUGGGAAUGUGGAAGUAUGAAUGCGGCUGCGGAGACUCUCUUGCUUCUGCUAAUUCCACAAGGUUUUCUGGUUUAAACCGUAUCAACUAUGUUGUUGCUUUGAUGGAAUGCGCUGCCAAACGAGAAAUGACCUCAUCUGAUGUUGAAAUUUGGCUUUCUACCAAAGAAAAAAAGAAUUGGGGUCAAGAUUGAAGUAGUGGAAACUCAUUCAUGUUCAGAAGUAACAAGCAAUUUUUGGCAUUUGAUUCGGCUAACAGGUCAGAACGAGAAAGUUGGAAUCUCCCUCGCGAGCUAUGCCCUUGUAGUGGGCCAGCGUCUUUAAAGUCGGAUGCUUUGAGCAAUUGGAAAGAUUACUUUGAGUGGAGGUGUCUACCCCUCCAUUCACCAGUUGCUCUGCUUCUUCAUUGGCCACUCCUUGUAUAUUACGCCACUCAAAUUGCUUUUUCGGGGAAAUCAGGUGUUGAGACGACCAAGCAACUCUUUAUACACUAUAUUGGGCCUGAGAAAGAGCUUUUUCAACUUGCUGCUUUUGGGGAGUUGUGUGCACUCUUUCCUGGUGUACGCAUCCAUGUAGAGCUUGUUGGACCAGCCAUUCCAGAGAAGAGGGAUGGUGAGAAGAUCGAUAUAGAUGAUUAUGCCCAUUGUCAGGGUGCAGAUUGCAUGUGCAGAUCUUCCAGCCUGAAUAAAGGGUCAGCUGUUAGCUCUUGCAUGUCUUCUGCUGUGACACUAAGGCUGCGAAAAGGAUUUUACCAUGACCGUUAUAGAGAUAUAACUGAGGAUUCAUUUCCUCACCUUGUCGUUGCUCCUAAUGCUGGCAUUGCAGCUUAUCCAAGUUGGUUACCUACUAUAGAGCUGAUAAAGGAGAUGAACAUUCCAGCGGUAUUUUCUGAUUACUGCGAAGAAGCUUGUCAUCUAGCAGCUCGGUGCAUACACAGUGUGACUGGCCAUCCUAUUAGAAUUCCUAUUCAAUUGAAUCCUUUCAGGCAGCCACUGGUGGUAGAGAACAGCCCUCUUUUUAUUCCUUGCUACCCCAAUUGCUUCCUGUUUGGGAUUUGAGAAGUGAUAACAUCUGCUGUGGAACGAAUGUGGAAGUACUGAACAAAAAGCUGUACGUCGGGCAAUGUGUACGUAUAGGUUUACCUUUCCUUUUCCAUGGUUUUGAUAAUCUCUUACUUAAACACAGUUUAUCAAACAUUUGCAGUUAUCUGUGUUAGUAUAUCUGGGCCAUUCAUCUUUAAUGGCAAUUUGACGGUGGAACUUUUGUGAUAAUUCUACUUGAGAAUGCGAUGUGAAUGAUGUAUAAAUAGUAAUGUCGAACCAUCUUCUAGGAAAGCCAAAACAGAGCAUGGCAGAAACUAAUCCCAGAAUCAAGCGUUUUUGUUCCUUGCAUUCUCUUACGGCUGUG